CCUGGCAAUGCUCGCCGAGUAUAUCUGGCUCCGCUGGAUCCCCGGUUUCCUCUCAUAGAUGUAAUACAGUAUCUCCGUAUGUGACAGAAGUUAACAGGACACUGCAUGUAGCGGUGCCUCGCGAGUCGGAUUUAUAGGUCUGUGUCGCGAAUUUCCAAAUUAAAGACAGGAGCCCGCUUCACUGGUGGCAAAGUAAAAAGUGUGGUUUGUGACUGACAGAUAUUUUCCCAGUCUGCAGAGCAAGAAAAAAAGUGGAAAGGCACUGAGCGCUAUAUUAUCAACAGAGCUACGGGGGCUGCUCUGCUGCCUGGAUUUGCUUGAACCUGGGAUCGUUCGUGGACCAAAUACGGAUUUAUCGAAGAAGUGCACAAUGUCGAGAAUGCAAGCCGUUUUUUACACUUUCUCGGUGCUCUCCCUGUCUGUGGGAGCAGAUGUGAAAGCACGGAGCUGCAGUGAGGUUAGACAAGCCUACGCCGCUAAAGGCUUCAGUCUCGUCAAUGUACCACACCAGGAAAUAUCAGGUGAGCACCUGCGCAUCUGUGCGCAGGGAUACACCUGCUGCACGUCGGAGAUGGAGGACAGUCUGAGUCAGCAGAGCAAGCUGGAGUUCGAGAACUUGGUAGAUGAGACAAGUCACGACCUGAGGAGCACCUUUGUGUCCAGGCACAAAAAAUUUGACGAAUUCUUCCUGGAGCUCCUGGAGAACACAGAGAAGUCGCUGAACGACAUGUUUGUACGGACCUACGGCAAGCUGUACAUGCAGAAUUCUGAGGUCUUCCAGGACCUCUUCACGGAGCUGAAGCGCUACUACACCGGUGGCAACGUCAACCUGGAGGAGAUGCUGAACGACUUCUGGUCCCGGCUCCUAGAACGCAUGUUCCAACUGCUCAACUCCCAGUUUCAGUUUAGCGAUGACUACCUGGAGUGCAUCAGCAAAUACACGGACCAGCUGAAACCCUUCGGGGACGUGCCCCGGAAGCUGAAGGCCCAAGUGACGCGUGCGUUUAUUGCGGCGCGUACCUUCGUCCAGGGCCUCAUGGUUGGCCGGGAGGUGGCCAAUAGAGUCUCUAAGGUCAGUUUGAUCCCAGCCUGCAUCCGAGCCCUAACAAAGAUGCGGUACUGCCCUUACUGCCGCGGCAUGCCUCAGGAGAAGCCCUGCCGCAACUACUGCCUGAACGUCAUGAAGGGUUGCCUUGCCAACCAAGCAGAUCUGGACCCGGAGUGGAACCUCUUCAUCGAUGCCCUGUUGCUUGUGGCGGAGAGGCUGGAGGGACCCUUCAACAUCGAAGCCGUCAUGGAGCCCAUCGACGUCAAGAUCUCAGAGGCCAUCAUGAAUAUGCAGGACAACAGCGUGCAGGUGUCCUCCAAGGUCUUUCAAGGAUGUGGGCAGCCAAAGCCUGCAGCGAAUGGCCGCUCGAGCCGUGGCAUCUCGGAUGUGUUCAACGCCCGCUUUAGACCUUACAGCCCAGAGGAGAGGCCCACCACAGCGGCCGGCACAAGCCUGGACAGACUGAGGAAGGUCUGGACCACAAUGCAACACAGCGUGACUGACGUUAAGGAGAAGCUGAAGGAGUCCAAGAAGUUCUGGUCCACCUUGCCUGAUGGCAUCUGCAAGGAGGAUGAAGUCACGGCUGGUGUGGCCGAUGAUGACCAGUGCUGGAACGGGCACACGAAGGGCAGGUAUUUCCCCGAGGUGUCCAAAGAUGGUUUGACCAACCAGAUAAACAACCCUGAGGUGGAGGUGGACAUCACACGGCCUGACACCUUCAUCCGCCAGCAGAUCAUGGCUCUGCGAGUGAUGACCAACAAGCUGAAGAAUGCGUAUAACGGCAAUGACAUCUACUUCCAAGAUUCCAGUGACGAGGGCAGCGGUUCGGGCAGCGGCAGCGGCUGCACGGAGGCAUGCGUGACGGAGCUGCAGCUGGUCAGCACCAAGGCCCCUGUGGCGGAUGACGACGGGAGCGCGGAGCAGGCGGCAGGAAACACCAGCGCCGCCAGCGCCCUCGGCCCCUCCCUAGCUCUGGCCGCUGGCCUCGCCCUCGCGGCUCUGGCCCUGCAGAGGCAGUGGAGAUAAUGGCAGUUGGACUGCUGCCUCGGACAGCAGGGAUUUGCUGUUACGCUCCCCAGCAACCAGGACGACAACCCUGGAGAUCCAGUUAGAGGAAUUGGUACAGGAGGGUUCAGACCUGCUUCUUGCUUUUCCUUGUUUUUUCCUCCCCAAAGAAUGCCAGGGAGCUCAAGAGGCCUACUGUGACAGGCCAAGCCGCUUACGCCACCUUCCAUGACUGCGCAGAGAUGCUCUCCGGGACAGCGUAGCGUUUGAAAACGUUUUUGUGAGAAUUAAAUAGGUAAAUUCUUUUUUUCUGCACCAGAGGAGAUACCAGAGGUCUUACGGAGAAGCAAGGGGCCCAGCACCCCCCAGCACCCUCCGAACCUAACACAGAAACGUAAGGGGAAAAAAUCAUACGCAACACUGUGAGAAUGCACAGGGACGUCUUAAGUAAAACCUACAGUGAUAUGAGCUCAAAUACCAAUCCUUUUAAAUCCUUUAAGUUAAAACCAGGCAAAGUAUCAUUUAAAGAGCUGAACAAGAUACAAAAGUACAUGCCUAUUUCUGCAAAAAAAAUAUAUUUAGAAUUCAAAGCAGGUGGGUAUUCUGAUGAUGUAUUUUUCUAAAUUUGCACAGAUUUGAUGUAAAUACAUGGAUUCAUAUAUUUUAGACGCUAUGAAAGAUUACUCAUCUUUUAGUAAAUGGGAGCUCAUAUCUGAUCAGGUCUUUACUAAUGACUACUUUGUGCUCCUUUAAAUGCAGACGCUGAUUGGUUUUCUACCUUAAAAGAAUAUGAUUUGUGAUGUUUUCGUUCCCUGAGCAGUAAAGAGCACCAUCAGAGUAUAGCAUGGUAAUAGGCAGGUCCAUCAUAAGGCUGCUUUUUGUCUGGACGUGUUACGAAUUGAGGCAGAGGAAGUGCAAGCUCCCAUAAUGCACCUGGCUGAAGCGUUUUUACAAUAAAUGCAGCGGGGUGUUUAAGCUCCUCUGCUAAUGUCA